UCCUCGUGGUGGGCAGUGGUGGGUAACUAGCGUAACUAGCAGUGUAAAAGGGAAAAGACACGCGUUCUGACCAUCGGUAACAUCGUUUAAGAACGAGAAUAAAUUAUGUCGUGGCUUUUUGGAUACCGUAACGCUCAACCUCAAGACUUUUCGCAAUUUGUACAAGUGCCGGCAUCGGGUAAUACUGCUGGUGAUGGCGAUGGCUCCCGUCCAUCAAUUACAAAGUCUCAAAUGGAAGCUUACCGUUUCGAUUCGAGUGCUUUGGAAAGAGCGGCUGCAGCUGCUAAAGAACUCGAGAGAUCCAAUCAUGCCAGAGAAGCUUUAGAACUCUCCAAACUGCAAGAAACAACAAGACAGGUUGAAAUGCAAACAGAAUUAAAAAAAUAUGAGGCUAGCAUAGAGCAAAUGAAAGUAGAUCAGAAACGCAUCGAUGGAGAGGAGAGAAGAAAAACUUUACAAGAGGAAACCAAGCAACACCAGAUGAGAGCUCAGUAUCAGGAUCAGCUUGCAAGAAAACGAUACGACGAUCAAUUAACACAACAACAAAGAAUGAAUGAUGAAAAUCUGAGGAGGCAAGAGGAAUCUGUGGCAAAACAAGAAGCAAUGAGAAAAGCUACUAUAGAGCACGAGAUGGAUUUGAGACACAAAAAUGAAAUGAGAAAGUUGGAAGCAGAAUUGAAAGCCAAAGCAAAAAUUGACAGAGAAAAUCAAGACUUGAAUUUAGAGACGAUUAGGUUGAAGGCAUCAGAAAAGAGAAUCACGGUUCUGGAGUCUAUAAAAACCGCAGGUUCGGUACUAGGCUCUGGAGCCACGGCUCUUCUGCAAGAUUGGGAUAAAAUUAUCGCUGUUGCCGGUGGGUUGUCUCUUCUAGCAUUUGGUGUGUACACAGCAAAAGGUACAACAGGCGUAGCAGCGAAAUAUAUCGAAUCCCGUUUAGGCAAACCAUCCUUGGUUCGAGAAACUUCCAGAUUUACAGUACUGGAUACAUUAAAACAUCCUGCCCAAGCAAUCAAGAAAUUGCAGACCAAGCAGACCGACGCAUUGUCCGGCGUCGUUUUAGCACCAAAACUCGAGGAAAGGUUACGCGAUAUCGCGAUAGCUACAAAAAACACAAAACAAAAUCGUGGAAUGUAUAGAAAUAUACUGAUGCACGGUCCUCCCGGAACCGGUAAAACUAUGUUUGCCAAGAAAUUGGCUGUGCACUCCGGUAUGGAUUAUGCAAUCGUAACUGGUGGAGACCUGGCACCAUUGGGUAGAGACGGCGUUACUGCGAUUCACAAAGUUUUCGAUUGGGCAGUAACGUCCAGAAAAGGUCUGCUGCUUUUUAUCGACGAGGCGGACGCGUUCUUAAGGAAACGUUCCAGCGAGCACAUUUCAGAGGAUCUCAGAGCAAUGUUAAAUGCUUUUCUGUACAGGACGGGUGAGCAGAGUAACAAAUUCAUGUUGGUUCUUGCCUCAAAUACCCCGGAACAAUUUGAUUGGGCUGUCAACGACAGAUUAGACGAAAUGGUAGAGUUUCGUCUCCCAGGGCGGGCGGAACGCGAACGUUUAGUUCGACUUUACUUCGAUAAAUUUGUUCUUCAACCGGCGAUCGAAGGCAAUAAGAGAUUGAAAAUAGCGCAAUUCGAUUACAGUGCGCUUUGUAGUAAAAUGGCAGAGAUGACCGAAGGAAUGUCCGGAAGAGAAUUAGCAAAACUGGGCGUUGCGUGGCAGGCGGCAGCGUACGCUUCGGAGGAUGGAGUGCUCACAGAACAAAUGGUUGUAGACAGGUGUAGCGAAGCCAUCAAACAACACAAACAAAAGGUCCAAUGGCAAAGCGAACAAGAAAGACAAGAAGCAAAAUCAAUUUAUGCAACGGAGAAGGAAGUAGUACAGCCAACGAAAUCGAAAGCUAUUGAAUCCCCAGCAGAAGCUUCAGUCGCAACGGCCUAAUCGACAAGAGUAGCCGCGUAAACACUUACAAACCAUAUUUUACUUUUAAAUAAAAACAAUUAGUAAUAAGUGGAAAUGAAAAAGGUACAAAUGACGUUGUCAAGAAGACGAAUUUAAUUGUACAGUUCUCGUUUUCAAAGCGAAACGCCCGUGUAUAAAUACUGUAAAGUAAUAGUGCAUUUGUUAGAAAUGAGAAUUUCUAGCCUGAUUAAACUUUAAAUUAAAUCUUUUUCUCUUCUUCCAUAUA